GCGUUUCGGAUGCAGUUAAGCGAAGUUGGCCAACAUCCGACUGUUGCCCACAAAAAGGACUGAAAAAAGUGACCAAUCUAUUGCCAGCUAGAACCGGUCCUGUGCCAUACCGUGGUGUGUUUUGGUUACUGGCCUGAGGCUUGACGGAAGUGUGUUGCUGUUUUUUUUUUCACCUCAACCUGCAGAGCGAAAGGCGGUUUUGCGGGAAAAGCGUUUUACUAUUUUUUUUUGUCGUUUGCCGCGUCGUUCGUCUUCGCGAAAAGGUUGCCCCAUUUGCUCCAGCUGUUUUGUGUGGAAAUUUUCCCGAGCAAGCAAAGCGCACGGCAAAAAGGAAAUUGAUUUAUACACUGCUAAGGAAGCAAGUUCCGUCCCUCUGGGUUCGCGUGUCCGACUUGCAGUGAAGGGGAUUCUCGGAAGCGGAAGUGAAAUAGGGAAAACAUCCCGAGCUGGUUGGGUGUAAAGUGGUAAUUUUUGUGUUUGCUGUUCGCCGAAUUCCGACAGUGCCCUCAGCGCCCCGCACGCCGGACAGUGAAAACUAGGCCAAAAGUGGCUGCAGGUAGUUCGCGGAUGUGUCGGCGUGUUUGUGUUUAGGUGCUCACUUGCCGAAACGUGCAAAAAAGUCGGUGAAAUUUACGCCCGGUCGGUUUGUCUGUUCGGCACAGGUGAAACGAUAACGGAAGCAACAACUGGAAUAACUAACGCUCCAAAGUGCGCUCUUGUGUGACGUGACUAGCGACGUGGCAUCGUCUCCGUGCGGAACUGGGCCAUAGUUUUCGGGUCGAAGAAAGCGCACCCUGGAGGUUACCUGAGCAGUCUUCGAACGGCCAGUGACAGCCACUUGGAAUUGCAUCGGUUGAACUUUUCAUCGGAAUCGAACAAAAACUGUGCUAAGCCUGAAAAACAAAAUACCAAACAGCUGGUGAAGAAAACCACACACUGAACGAAACUGGUAAACGAUAGUUCAGUCAUCAUUGGCGGCCGGAUCGUAACCGUUGGAGGCAACCCAGGCACCCCAGGUACCCUCUCCCCCUGCACAUACGUAAACUCCCGGUCGUUCCCGACUUGUAUAAUGAUGUUAAAGUUUUUCCACCUUACCGCGACGUGCUACUGAAGCAGCAAUCGUCAGCCUUGGGACGUGACUGGAACCGGUGUUGCUGGGAAAGUUUUCGGUAGUUCAGUCCCCCUUUCGGACUAAACUGCCCCGUAAACGAAGGGUAACUCUAAUAGGUGUGCAAUUAAUGUCGAACACUUGAUUGCCGCGCUUUUUUUCCGUCGCAGAUCAAAGCAGGCUAAUUAGAUCUGGCUACUGUGUUUGUUGCCAUCAUCACCAUCACCAUCACCACCACCACCACCACCAACGGUGCGUUUGUCCUGACGGUUGGACAGUGAGGAAUUAGUGGUGACCCACACUCACACACACAUACGCACGCGGUCGUUUGUGUCGGACGUUUGUGGGUAAGCCGAUUCGGUCAGUUUGCGGAAAGGACGUGAAAUUAAAUUCGGUUUCAAGUUACCAGAAAAAAAAGUGCUCGUAGAAUUUCCAUCCGUUUUUUUUUUGUUGCGAUUGUGUAUUCGGUAUUCGGAAGCAUACGGUUCGCGGUAGGCCCGACGCGACGGUCGGAGUAAGAAGGUGGUAACCAGUGUCAAUCAGAGUAAUCGUAAAACCGCGAAACACCUGCCGACCGCAGAAUUUUCUGACUGGGGCAGAGAGAAAAAAAUUGAAUAAAAUUAAACCAGGACCCCACAAUAAUGGAAAUACCGACGAUAAUGGAUGGGAUGCUGAAAACGACGCUGGUCCUGCAUGAGGACCGGUCCUCGAGGAACAGUAAUAGUAGCUCAGGUUCCCCCUCGAUGCUGCACGAAAAGAAGAAAAUGCUUGACAUCACCCGAGACAAACCGAUCAAAAUUGCCGUCCGGGUUCAGGUGCCAGUCAGGGAUCAUCCCAAGUUCAACUUUGUCGGCAAGCUUCUCGGUCCAAAGGGAAAUUCCCUAAAGCGGCUCCAGGAGGAAACGAUGUGCAAAAUGGCAGUUCUUGGCAAGGGUUCAAUGCGAGAUCGAAAGAAGGAAGAGGAACUGCGACUCAGUGGCGACCCACGGUAUGCGCAUCUCUCCGAGGAUCUGCACGUCGAGAUUUCAACCUACACAGCACCGGCGGAGGCACACGCCCGCAUCGCCUACGCCCUGGCCGAGGUCCGACGAUUUCUGGUGCCGGAUUAUCACGACGACAUCCGACAGGAGCAAAUGUGGGAAAUGCAAGCGCUCAACUCGGCACAAACGGGAUCUAACGGAACCAAUGGCAACUGCAAUGGAGUCGCCCUAAGCAACGGCCACAGUACCAACGGAAUGUCGGUGAACGGGAACGGGACACUGAACGGGUGUAAUUCGGACAUGAUGCAGCAGGAUUCUAGCGGCACGGCAACGAUUCCAGGCUCGGAAGUCACCAACGGUCAGUCCCAGCAGAAUGCUUCUUCUUCCGCUGGCAUCGUCGCCUGCACCAACGGUACUCAUCUACAUCAAAACCUUCAUCAUCAACAGCAACAGCAGCAGCAGCAGCAACAGCAACAUCAUCAUCAUCAGCCCCAUCAUCACCCUCAUCAUCCGUUCCUAGGAAGCAGUGCGGCCGACGCAGUGGCAGCUGCCACCUCCGAUCUCAGCAACCUGAUGCCGGUGGAUGUCAACAUGACGACUGCCAAUCAUUUCGUGAAUUCCCUGCCAACCACAGACAUCGAAGCUCAGGCACUGGCUUUCGUGGAAUCUGCCAAUGCAUUUCUGCACCCGGCACUGCGAGGAGUCAAAACAGUGAGUUUAGCCCGGAAACGGCCAUUGCUCGGGGGACCACGGUCUAGCAUGAACCCAACGAAGCGAACCGUGAUGACACUGAUUGCCCGGGCCCGGACGGCCCAGGCAAUGCACGGAGGAAGCCGAUCGGCCGGUCCCACCAUCGGAGAACCGAUCCAGGUGAUUACGUCGCCCCUGAUCCUGCAACCGCAGCUGGACCUGUUGCAGACCAAUGGAACCGGUUCGACACAGAAGGAAAACAUUCUCCAGGGAGCUUAAAACUCUGAACCAAACCCGCUUUCAAAAAAAAAAAUGGACGGACACUGCUUUCUACGUGUUAGGAGUGAGAUACUAGAGGCACAUUUUCUACAAACGGCAACAGAAGCGGCUGAUCGAUGCGACGCACGGAAAGGGGACCGUAGCUAAGCAAAAAGAGAAGUAAUAAUAAAAAAAAAUCACACCCAUUUAACACACCAAGCUUAGUAAUUAUCACACACUUUCGUACACUCACAAGAAAAUGGCACCAACGAGAGCUGUCAAGUAAUAAAACUCACCAAAAACGGUUCAGGUUUCAGAAACAACAAAUAGACAAAAUGAAAACCAAAAAGCAUUGGAACGCAGCAAGCGUCAGCAUCAUCACAACGACAAACAAACACACACACAUACGCAUACAACCGAAUGGACCCAAAAUGGGACACAAACUACAGUUUUGUUUUAUUCUGAAAUGUUGAAAUUAGCCAGAGCAGGCCAUGGCUGCUGGCAAGUUGUUGCGAAGAAAAGCAAAGUGAGAAUAGAAAGCAAAAAAAAAACAGAAAAGUGUGGCCAUAAAAGUUGUGACGGAAGCCCAAACCGGAAGUAAAUAUUUUUAGAUGUUAGCACCGACGAAUAAGUUUAAUACUGUGGUUUUAGUUUAAGUUUGAAUCGACCAUUUUAAACACAGAGACGUAAGUAUUUUAACAUGAAAGCGACAAAACUAUUCAAACCAAACGAAUACAAAAAGAAAAUAAAUCUAAUUAUAACGUUAUCAAAGGUAAACAUUUGCAUUUUAUAAAGAUGGUAUAACCUGGUAUCUUUUAUACUCGUGCAUAGAAACAAAAAUAAAAACAAGUUAAACAAUCGCUGAAGUGAAGGAUAUAAACAAAAGAAAAAAAACACCUGCUUUUCAAAGACACACGAUUGACAUGAAGUAAACAAUUUUAUAAUACAACAAUAACUCAAUGUAAAUAACCAAAGAAACUUAGCGAAAUUCAGCAAUUGUAAACGCACCAUUUAAACAAUUAAAUUGAUACCGAUUUGUGUUACGUUUUGGUAGUGUGAACUGUGCCAAGUAAACGAACAGACCAAACUCAAUGUUACUCACUGAUCUUUACGAAUGGAAUUUGAAAUGCUAAUAAUCAAUCAUAAACGUAAAUUACACAUUCGUAGCACCUAAAAAAAAAGACAUUGUCGUAAGCAAAACCUAAACCAUCGAAAAUGAGACCAACUGACGCGGUCUAAGCUUAAACAAACAAACAAAAAAAAACAGAAGAUCAAAUAUAAUCUCUCGGUGUGAAUUGAAAAGGUAUCAUUUUUUUUUUGCUAAAUCAAAGUGUUAUUGCUUAAACAACCCCAAACGCUAAUAAUCGUAGUCAUAAAACGGAACGGAAUAAUCAGGACAAAAGCCGAACCGAAAAAACGACGGAUGGCAGCAUCCGUCGUGGGGCCGAGAAAUUAAACAAACAAACAACCGAAAAGCCCUGGGAUCGGCCGGAAUCGAGGGCAGAAGAAUCCAGAGCACAAAUUUUUACGACCGACGGAAGGAUAAUGAGCGAAUGGGGUAUGAAAGGAGGACGAAUAUGGAUACAACAGUCCGGAACGAUUUCCCGUGUUUCCAUUUUCGGCGUAGAAAUGGCGGUUCUUACCUUUCUCAUAGAUGGAAUGGAUCGUUGUUUGACUGUCAUCACCGAAUCGGUGUGACCCGCGGAUGUGCUCGCUUUUUUUCGCUGCAGAACAGAAAUAUCUUUUCCGCGGAAGUGGCUCGGUUUUUGUAUUCAUUUUUUUUUAUUCGAAUACGGAUUUUGAAAUAGCAUGCAAACUUUAUUCUACUUUUUUUUGUCUCUCAAAAUUUAAUCACCCAUCCGCUAGUAUCCGGAUUAGGGACGACGGACACUGGACGGGCGUGGAUCCACCUGGUGCAGAUAAACAACAGGAACGGUCCCGACAACGGUAGCUCCGAUCGUCAUCAUCGGAUGGGGGGUGGGGUGAUGUUUGGCGACAAACACGUGCUUUAGGAGAGUCCCGAUUUAUUGCGGACCGAGAGACACGACCGGACCCGGAAAACAAAUAUUAUGAUUUUUAUCCCGUGUGACAAUUCCCCACCCGUGAUUGGCACGUUUUUCCACCGUUGAACGGGGCAAGGUGGUAAACGAUUCUGCAGAUGAUAUUGAAGCAGAACGAUGAACGGUUGUCAAAACCGGAAAAUAUGGCAACGUCGUAAAACGACGGAUUCCUUCCCCCUUGAUUAUCAGUGCUGUUAUGACUUUCGGAACCCGCACCCCCGGUGCUGGGUCGCCCGUCGAUGGGGAUGGGGACUUCCUGUUUGUAGCUCGUAGUUGAUCAUAGUCAAAAAAGGGGAAAUCGUAAAGUUUCAUUGAGCUGUGGAAUCUUAAAUUGGACUGUUACUGCUCUGGAAAGAUUUGGUGAGACUGCAUAGGCUGUUAUUGUUGAUUUUGGGAAUAUUUAGCGCAAGUAUCGCACUGUUGAACGCGCUGCUUUAUCUGAUCAUUUAUUCCGGGCCAAAACACUGUGUCUCGCGCCAGUUUGGUGGUGGCUUCGAUACCCGAAUGAGAUCGAUGUAACUUUUCAAGAAUUUCCUUUCGGAAAUUUCGAGGAAUAAAAAUCCGAUCGUUGCGCAAAACUAGUCCAUUCACGGUGCUUAGUUCGUGUUUGUACUUCCAGUAUACAUGGAUGUUUGCUGGCACUUCGUCAUAUCUUUUUGGCCAACCGUUGAUAAUGAAGCCGGCAAUCACUUGCAUUUCCGGAUCCUGUUGGGAUUCUGAUCGUAUUUCAUUCACUCGUUCGUCUGAUAUGGGUAGAUGUUCCGUGAUGUUUAUAUGUUCUACAUCUAGUGCAUAGAUUUCGAAGUUCUCACAAUUGCCUACAUCACUCGGUGUAAUGGUUGCUCUUGACAACAUAUCUGCUAUGAUGACCUCUUUACCUGGAGUGAACCUCAAAGCUGUCUGGUAUCUCUGUAAACUCAACACCAUUCUUUGGAUUCUUAGUGGUCAACGGUUUCUGAAAAAUCUUGAUAAGCGAUUGGUGAUCAGUUUGUACCGCAACAGGUUUGCCGAGAAUGUAUAUUUCGAAUCUGCGACAAGCAAACAGGAUCGCCAAGGUUUCUUUCUCGAUCUGUGCAUAGCGACGCUCAGUAGCACUAAGGGUCCUUGACGCGUAGACGGCUGGCUACCCUUCUUGAAGGAGCACCGGGUCAAAAUAUCGAAGGAUGGGAGCAGAUGUCACUUGUUGUUUUAGACUGCUGAAAGCUUCUUCUUGUUCACUAGACCAAACCCAUGGUUCUUUCUGGUAUGUCAGUCUUCGCAAAGGUUCGGCUACCGAGGAGAGGCUUGGAAGAUACCGAGCAAGGUAUGUUAUCGUUCCAAGAAAACGUUGCAUGGAAGGUACGUCUGUCGGUUCCGCCAUUUUAAAAAUACCAUUAACUUAGUCAGGAUCUGGUUUAAUACCAGACGACGUUAGAAUGUGACCAAAAAAUCUCACGCUCUCUUGGCAGAGUUUGAUUUUUUCUGGAUUCAGCCUUAAAUGUUUUUCCUCCAUUCGUCUCAGAAAAGCUUGCAGGUUUUGAUUAUGAUCCACCAUUGCUUCCGCUACGGUAUCACCACAACCGAAAAUCAUGAAAUCAUCCAUUAGUUCUCGUACGUUUCGCAGUCCUUGUAUUGCUUCGUGUGCUUUCAACUGAAAAAUCUCGGGUGCUGGAGCUAUUCCCAUUGGCAUACGAAGCCAUUUAAAACGACCAAAUGCUGUCCAACAAGUAGUUAACCUCGCACUUUCUUCGUCGAGAGACACCUGCCAAAAACCCGAUUUGGCAUCGACAGUUGUAAAAACUUUUGCAUUCGCCAAUUCCGGAAGCAGCUCAUCUAAAGUCAGCAUUUGGUAGUGCGGUCUUUUGAGCACCUUGUUUAGUAAAAUUGGAUCGAUACAUACCAAAUUGCUCACCCAAUCCGUAUGCUGAUUCUCUUCCGCUAUACUGCCUUCUUGUUCCAUCUCCGCCAACACUUGGCGAAGCUCCUCCCUAAGGUUCACAGCUAUGCGUCGAGGAUGCUGCACCACCGGUGCAACGUUUUGGUCUACCUCCAAAUGCACUUUACCAUCCAGUUGUCCUAAUCCUGAGAAAACGUUUGGAUGUUGCUUUAGGAUUCGUUGAGCUGUUAGUUUAUGAUCUUCCACUAUCGAUGAACACAAUUGGAUCAGCUUCAAGUGAAGACAUGAUUUCAACGAUAGAAUCGGUUCUAAUUCGAAAUUCACGACGUGGAAAACUGCUUUGUAUCGGAUACCAUCGUGUUCACAAUCAAUAACUGUUCUCCGCCGAUCACUUUCAAUGUGGCUUUAUUAUUGUCUAGCUGUAAUUUUCUGGUUGCCAGCAUUUCCAUGGCGUUCCGUUUACCGAUCACGUUACAGGACGCUCCAGUAUCUAAUAAACAUCGUUUUGGCUUGCGUUGAUUAUUGACAUCGAAGAAAAUAAUGUUCGCCUUUAGUAGUGUUUCGUCACUUUGAUUUACUCCGUACAAAUACUGGCACAGUGAAAUGGAUUCCUCGUCACUUUCCUGCUCGCGAUGCUCACUUCGCUGUUCUUCGACGUUGUAGAGUUUUUUCUUUUGCUGCUUGGCUUGGGUGGUCAUUCCAGAUCCUGAUGGUUUGCAUUGUUCCUUUUUCUUCUUGCACGCAAUCUCAUAGCCACAAGUUAAAAAUUCUUCUUGCUUCUGAUCCGAGGGCGGACUUAAAGGUGGCUACUUUGAUACGUUCGUCCAGCUGCUCAACUCCUGAUGCGAUAAGGUACGUUUCGAACUCAUCCUUCCAUAUAUUGACAUUUUCCCGGAGGUUUCCGUUUGUUUUCAAUGGCUCCGGAAAAGGGAUGCUGCUGUUGAUAAUCGGCCGAGCUACAGCUUGCUGCUGUUCACCUUGUUCCAUUUCUCCGAUUUGUGUACUAAUUGUAUCGAUAGUUUCCAAUUUCGCAAAUGACUGUUUCGAGACUAUUGCGCAGUUAAAAAAUACCCGUUAUCUGACACCAUGUUAUAAUGCGUGUUGUCUACUCGAAGGGUGGGUAAAAACUGUUUAUUUCGGGUUCCGUUUUAAGCGGAUACAAUGUGGAGGGGAAAUAUAAGUGAGAGUUACAAUAUGGUAUAAAAUAAAGGUAAAGGUUAUCAACUGCAGUAGUAUUGAUACAAACGUGUGAUAAUCGUCUAACACUGAGUCCACUCAAAGAUAGAAAAAGUCACAGAGAAGAUGUUUUUUUGUGCUUGAGUGGAAGGUAAAGACAGAGCGGGAAGACCGGUGUGUGUGAUGCACAGAGAAGGAGCAAGACACUGUACAAUCGUAUGAGUAAUGUCAACAAUGAAUCUUCCAUAUGGUUGAAAAAUAAACAAACCAGUUUAUUCUGCUUAGAAUAGCAAUUCGAAAAAAGCGAAAAUCUUAUUCUAAAACUUUUCCGUUUUUCUGAAAACUGCUCGUGAAAAAUUAUUUAAGUUUCAGCUUACCUUAUUUCAUCCAAAAAGUCAUGCUUAAUAUUUGUUUGAGAAUAAAUCAUUGCUAAAAGAGAUUGUUUUAGACUCAAGCCACUUUGAUAAAAUGGUUGCACUGCAUAAAUAACACAUGGAUCAAUAAGUCCCGAGACUAAAGCAGAGAUGGCGCUCGUAGUAAACCAGUAACCACGUUUUUCUAGAGUACUAACCUUUGCUUGAAACGGGACAAAAUUUUAAGUCGAUCCGACCAGAAACAGCUGAGUUAUCGAGGUUGGAGUAAAGUCGUUUUGUAGUUUGUUUAAAAAAUGGAAAAAAAACGAGUUUCGUGUUUUGAUAAAACAUUGUUUUUUAACGGGUAAAAACACCGUGCAAGCGAAACAAUGGAUUGAAAAAAAAUAUCCGGACUCUUGUCCAUCAAAAGCAACGAUUUGUCGGUGGUUCGCCGAGUUUAAACGUGGUCGUACCGACACAAAUGACGCGGAACGCUCGGGUAGACCUAUGGAAACCGUUACACCGGAAAAUGUGAGUGAAGUGACAAAAAUUAUAAUAAAAGAUCGUAAAGUGAAGCUCCGUGAGAUUGCUGAGAUGACACAGAUAUCAUAUGGAAGUGUAUUUACUAUCCUUCAUGAAAAAUUGAGCAUGAAAAAGGUUUUUUCCAAGUGGGUGCCGGGAUUGCUUUCGAUGGAACAAAAACAGCCUGCCACAAGUCGAUGAAAACAAUGGCGAAAUUGAACGAAUUGGGCUUUGAUCUGCUUCCCCACCCCCCAUACUCGCCAGAUUUAGCCCCCAGUGACUACUGCCUUUUUGCUGAUCUUAAAAAAAUGCUCCAGGGAAAAAGAUUUGGCUCAAAUGAGGAGGUCAUCGCUGAAACUGAAGCUUAUUUUGAAGCGAAAGAUAAUUAUAUAUAUUAUAUAUAAACAUGGUAUUGAAAAAUUGGAAAAACGUUGGAACCAUUGUAUCACACUAAAAGGUAAUUAUGUUGAUGAAUAAAAAAAAAUUUGCAAAAAAAUGUUGUUUUCAUUGUUAGUCUCGGGACCAUGUGUUAAAUGUACACGCUCAUUCAAUGUUACUCUCCAUUGAGUAAUUUGUACUCACUUUUGCUUAUUUAAUUCAAAUGUCAAAAAGUGAGUAAUACUAAUUAAGAAGACUGAGUAACUUCUACUCAGUUUUUAAAUUGACAACAAGUUUUACUCACAGAGCUUUGACAACGUUGUGAGAAAAUUUACCUUCACUGAACUUUUCCCUUUGUCGGAGGCGGAACCAUAUUAUAAGGGCACAUUAUCGAAAUGCUUACUAUACACAUCAAAGCAAUUCGCGCAGGUUGAAGACGGUAAGAAAGUGUUCAGUCAUAUAGCAAGUAUUUUAAUUAUUUUUCUAUAUAAGAAUACAUCAAAGCAUUUCUACGAAUGCUGUACAAAAUGCCAGUACGUGGGCAACGUAGGAAGGCAUACGGAUUCUUUCCAAUGGCCGAUGAACAGGUAGCGGCUUCCUUCAUUCGUUGAAUAGAAGUAAGUCAGUAUUUGUUUAAAGCAAAAGAUUCCUUAUUCAAUUCGAAUGAUAUUGAGUAAUAUUUACUCACUCGAGCUACUUUUCCCAUUUGUAGCACUGAGCAAAUGUUACUUAGAAUUUGACAAAUACCAUAUUUGCUCAAAAGUGAGUACUAUAGAAUAGUUCCACUUUUAACGAAAGUAAGUGAAAUUGUACUCACUUUAGAGUAACAUUGAACGAGCGUGUAUAGAUCUAUUUUUUUUUAUAAAAGAUAUUUUUAUUCAGGCCUAUUUGCGUACAAGCUUUACGUGGCCGAUUGAGCUGAGUUUUUAGCUAAAAAUUUUUUCGUAUUGGAUCUCGUUGUCACCCUUUUUCUAGGGGGAGAGGAGCUUCCAUUUCCCUCCUGCGAGGAUUGAGAGGCAGUUUGUUCGUGGUUCGUCUCGUCAUCCAUUGCCGUGGUAUUGUUGUUGAUUUCGUUGCUAGUUGCUGUAGAUGCGCCUUGUUGUACAUUGUUUGCAGUUGCUGGUUGGUUGGAUGGUAAGCUGUUAACUGCAGCUGGUGUACUUUGUUCUAUAGGGGAUACGUUGGAUGGUUGUUGGUGACUGUCACAGGUGUACCGGAGUUGCUUGGGGUUGGUGUGAAGAAAGCACCGUUGUCCUUUGGUGUGGUUGUCUCCUUGUCCAGUUCAUCGCAUGGCUUACCGUAGUGAACAGUUUUUUGGCAAUAUUGACAUGUGGCCAUCUGAUUGUCAUAAGUAACAAAUGAUUUGCACGGGAUUCUUGUAUCCUGACCGAAAGUCACAUAAGAAGGUAUAAGCCUCUUCAAGCGCAUGGGUAACAAACGUACGCCAUUUUGAAAACCGAGGAAAAAGUUAUUCCACUUUUCUUUUUCGAUGGAGAGAAUGUCUUCGUAUUGGGACAUAGUUUUUCGAAUUUAAGGAUCGAUGACGCUUGAGGAAAGAUCAUGCACACGCACUUCUAUAGCACUAUCUUCCAUAUACACUGGAAUGUUGUACUUGAUAUAUUCAUGCUCCACAUAGUGCACAUUAUUAUUGUCUUUAGCGAAUUGAAUUGCAUCCAACUCUUUAUAAAACUGGAUGUAAAUAACAUUGUUUGUCUUAUUGCAUUGAAGUAAAUGCACACGUUUAAUGUCAAUUUGCAUUUGCUCUUUAGGCAAACCUUAAAGUUCUCGUAUCGAAGGUUAAAUUUUGCACUGCCUGAAGUCAACAACAAUUGUAUUCCUUCGUGUCGGCGGUAGCUUUUAUUCGUUUGGUUCACUCAUUUCGAGAUAGUUCUAUUGUUCACUACACAAUACUGUAUUUGGUUUCUUCUGUCCCGAACGUAAGCGGUUUUGUUUUAUCGACUGACUUGGAUGAGAUAUUAUGAAAGCGAACUGUGUAUAGAUUUAUGACAUACGUACCAAAUGAAAUGUACGUAAUACACAAAUUACCAACACAAGUAAGCUUGGUUUACAUUUGAUCCUGAAUAGAAGAUGCAACGUGUUAUGAAACCUGAGCCUUGAGCGGCUUAAGAAUCAAGAGUAAACCAACCAUUUUAUUUGGUACGUAUGCCAUAGUAUUCAUAUAUGCAGUGCAACGAGUUUAUCAAAGUGGCUUGCAGUUACAAACACUCUUUUUAACAAUAAUUUUACUCUCAAAUGAAUGCUAAGUCUGACAUUUUGGAUGAAAUAUCAGUUUUGAUCAAUUUUCCACCAACGUUUGAUGGAAAAUUGCUUACAUUUUAUGAAUGUAGAUUUUGAUUCCCUAAUAAAAAAAGUUAGCAACACUGCUUCAAUGCAUUUGUAUUAGAUUGCGCUACACAAAAUAAACAAAACUAAAUAUUUUCUGUUACAAAAGCAGUUUUCCGGAAAAAUAAAUAGUUUUACGACAACAUUCCACAUCCAUUGCCUUUCGCGUGUUAAAUUAAUGGUUCCUUUUUGCGGGUUUACUUAUAGAAGGUACGUAAAUCUUUAUAUCGCAAUAAUUUCUGCAAUAGGAAAUCCAUAUAGGAAUGUGUUUGUUGGUAAUCAAAUGUGUCAGUGGAAGUAAGCUGAAACUGAAAUAAUUUUUCUCAGACAGUUUUAAGGAAAACGGAAGAGGUUUAGACUACGAGUUUCGCUUUUCUUGAAUUGCAAUUUUAAGCAGUAUGAACCGAUUGGUUUGUUUUCCAGCCAUAUGGAAGAUUUAUUGAUUGAAAUCAGAAAAGGCAUUUGUUUUUACGCACACAUUGUUGACAUUACUCUUGGAUAAAGUCAUUUGUUGGAAGUUCUUAAUUUUAUAAUUGACUUGAAUAUGACAAGUUUCUCACUAAAUCAUAUUGGCAGUUGGCGCUAUUUCCUCAGUUUUAAAUGAAGCAUUCUGAACAUGUAGACUUUGUCUUAAAAUGUCACAUUGCAUACUUUGCUUUUCUAAAAUUAAUCUAGACUGUCGUUUAAAAUGGGCUAAACUUUUUGAACCCUCUUCAUUCCAAUAGUUGACGAAAAAUGACAAAACCUAUAAAGAAAUAUUAUACUAUUGAUAUUAAAAAAAUACUGAAAAACUUCCAUAUCAAGUGCUACACUAAAAAAAUGAGUUUAAAAUUUUAAAAUCUAUUUACAAAAAACUACAAGGAUCAGUCCCAUAGGGUUGUUCGGGCCAUUGAUGUGUAACAAGGCAACCCAAAAUUUCUAAUGAUCGACAUUUUUAAUCACUCGUCACACUUUUGAAUUCGCAAUUGCACAAGAGUCUGCUUAGAUUGAUCUUUAUUAGGAACCAACACCGAACACGUGAACUCAGAAUAUAGACUCUGUUUGUUUAUAUUUGUAUUUGUUUUGUAGCCGACGAAAUUACAUAAAUAUCUCAAAUGUAUGCUAUUACAUCUUUGUACAUACUUGCGAUACGGAUUUCGCUAUUUAAGCUUAUCUUCGCCAAGCUUGUGUUCAAGUUUUGAAUGCAAGCGGUUAUUUUUAUAGCGUUAAGUUUCUCUACCAUUCUUCGAUUUCGGUUGAAUUGAUAAACUUUUUCUCAUUAAUAAUCGGGUUCAUCUUAUAUAAAUUAGAAAUUAAUCUUAUGCACUCAAAAUUUACCCUGGGGUAGUUGUCAAUUUCUCAGGCGGAACGACUUAACAUGGAAUUUUAUUCGAUCUUGCAUGACACAAGAUCAGAGCAUACCAAUCAAAGCUUCAAAUUGUUUUAUGGCACUUUUUGUCGUGCUGUCUAGCAACAACCUACCUCUAGCAUGCUACGCAUAGGACUGAAACAUUAGCCAGGGCCGGUGAAACAUGUUAAACCCAGAUGGGUAAUUUUUCAUACCGGGGAGAAAGACCCACUAUUUUGAAGUAUGUAUUCCUCUAUUCUAAUGGAAAUGAUAUUUAUCCCUAAAAUGUGCAAAGUCGUUUUUUUAAAUAAAAUAUUGUUUCUAUAAAACUUUUCAUGAAACGCGUAAAUUAGAAGUUUGAAGAGUUUUCGGCACAAAGUUUUGAAACAAAAUUUCGCAUCUAAGGUUUAAGCUGGUUUCAAAACCGCUUCUAAUAUUUGUUUUCAAUAUUGAGGCAGCAGUCUUUUGUGAUCCGUUUCAACUUAUUUGUGUCUGCGAACUUUCAAAAUUAUUUCUUUGAGAAUUUUGGUUAUACUGAUCGUUUAGUUUGUUCAGGUUGUUGAUGGAAAGUGCUGAAUUCGUUCAUCCAGUACUCCAUGAUCAUCGAGGUCAUCCUGCAUAUCCUCGAAUACGAAAAAACAAUCGAUUUUCGAUCAAAAUGUGUCUCACCAAAUGCAUAAACAGUCUAGCCACUGAUGUGCAUAACACAUUAAUCAAAAUGUCCCGGGACUGACUCGGAGAUCACGUUCAAAGAACAUAUGUCAAAAUUUAACAUCAAUAGCACCACGAACACUGAAUCUACCGACAUAUAAGUGACGAAUUUAUGAAAAAUGAUAAGUGUGUUCUCCACUAGGAUCCAUUAAAAAUAAAGGUUUGUGGUAUUAUGAUUUUGAACGUGGCCCAAUGAAACAGUCAACCGGAAAUAUUACGCAAGUUUUGAUAAUCGUAAUGUAUGAAGUCCCGGGGUGGCGAUUCAAUGCAUAAGGCACUGGUCUUACAAACCAGCUGUCGUAUGUUCGAGCCCCGACCUGGAACGAUUCUUAGUGUCAGUAGGAUCGUAGCACCAGCCAUGCAAUGGUUCUGUACACUCUGAAUCGGCUGCGAAGUCUGGUGAAACAGAAGGUCAAAUUCCACUACAGAAAUGUAAUACCAAGGCUUUGCUUUUGAUGUAUGAACGCAAAAUCAAAAUUUGUGACAUUAGAUGUGCUGAGGUGGUUAGCAGAUGAACUGUAAAUUCUUUAACGAUCUUGUACGACAAUCUGAGCAUAAAAAAAUCUUUUCCAAAUGGGUGCCGUGUUCGCUCAUAAUCAACAAAAGUCUACCGCAAUAAAAUGGAACUCGUUGGUAUUAAACAGUGGACGAAACAUGGAUCCACUAUUUUUAUCCGGGACUUGGAAAGCCAUCUGAAAAUGUAACAGGUAGCUGGAACAAUCAUGGCAUCAGCUUUUAAGAUGUUCAAGGUAUAAUUAACAUCAACUAUCUUGAACAGGAAAGUACCAUCAGUGAUUAUUACAUUGAGUUAGUGAUGCGAUUGAAGAGCGAAGUAAAGUAAAAAACGGCCUCAUAAGAAUAACAAAGAAAUCACCGUUAACCAAGUCAAUGCACCGUGCCAUAAGUCGAUGAAAACAAUAAAGAAAUUAAACGAAUUGGGCUGCGAUCUGUUUCCUCACCCGCGUUAUUGACAAUUACCUAGCCCCCAGCGAUUGUUUGUCCUUUGCUGAUCAGAAAAUGACAAAUCAUUCCAUAAGGAUGGUAUUGAAAAAUUAUUAAAGUGCUAGAACGAUUGUAUGUCAUUUGAUAAUGAUAAUGUUGAUGAAUAAAAAAUACUCCUGCACACGAAAUUAUGUUUUCCUGGUUAGUUCCUGGACUUUUGGAACGAUGUGUACUAGUCUAUUCGAUACAGAAUCAUGGUUUUUUAUGAGUGAUGUUCAUAAAAGCGAACUUAUGUAUACAAAACUGUCGUAUUUAUUAAAGAAAACCAUGACAAAGAUUUUCGUUACUAACUGAAGUUUCGAUCACCUAUUAUCUGAAAUAUGAUUUUAUAGAUAUAGAUUCAUCUACUCCAAUCGAAGUGUAGAAAUAUUUCUAUCUAAUGCAUUUUAUGUAAUAAUAUGGAAAAUCAAUUAAAAAUGAUUGAGAUAUAGAUGUUCAAAACCUGAGCGCUGUUUGUACGGUUUUCAGCAUUUUGAAUUUUCUCAUCAGUAUAAAAAACUACAAGGAUCAGCCCCAUGGGGUUGUUCGAGCCGUUGAUGUGGAACAAGGCAACCAAAAUUUCCAAUGAUUGACAUUUUCAAUUAAUCGUCACACUUUUGAAUCCGCAAAUGCACAAGAGUCUGCUUAGACCCUUAUUAGGAAUCAACACCAAACACGCGAGCCCAGAUUAUAGACUCUAUUUAUCGUGAUUUGUAUUUGUUUCGUAGCCGACGAAACUACAUCAAUAGCCCAAAUGUAUACAAUUAAAUGUUUGUACAUGCUUGCGAUACGGAUAUCGAUAUUUAAGCUUCUCUUCACCAAGCUUGUGUUCAAGUUUUGUAUGCAAGCAGUUAUUUUUAUAGCGUUUCUCUACCAUUACUACCAUUUUGCGAUUUCAGUUGAAGCGAUAAAAUAUUUCUCAUUAUCAAUCGAGUUCAUCUUAUAUAAAUUAGAAAUUGGUCUUAUGCACUCAAAAUUUACCCUGGGGUAGUUGUCAAUUUCUCAGGCGAAACGACAUAACAUGGGAUUUCAUCCAAUCUUGCAUAACACAAGAUCAGAGCAUACCAAUAAAAGCUUCAAAUCGUUUAUGGCACUUUUUAUCUUGCUGUGUAGCAACAACCUACCUCUAGCAAGCUACGCAUAAGACUGAAACGUUAGCUAUAAUUUCGCUUCUAUUUGUAGAUUCGCUUUUGCUUUGCUUUUGCUUUGAUUGACCAAUCAGAGCGCUGCUUUCCCUUUGAUAUAUCGCUUACUCCUUCAAAACUGUCGACUAUGGCAGGGAAAUCCGGUAUGCCGGAGAUUUUGUGCAGCCGAAAUAGGACACUGCUAGCUAUUAAUCAACAUUUCAAUGAUAUAAAAUUAAAAAUACAUGGCUAUGAACAUUCAAAUCAAUACGUAGAAAUAUUUCCAAUCAUUUUGAUUUUAUUUAUGUGAAGAUAUAGAAGGUGAGACGUGACAAGGCUCAUUUCAUCAUGUAGAAAUCUUUUAGUAACUUAACUUUCACUUUCUACCAGAGAAGUUGACCAUGAACAUCUGCCGGAAAAUUCCAAUAAAGGUCUUCUACCAUUUACUAUUAAGUCCGGCAAUGCUACCAGUAGUUACUUUCUACUUGCUACUGCAUUCUUUUUUUGUCAGUUCGGAAUGUAAAGAGUAAAAAACCUUUAUCGGUAUUUUCCGGUAUAUCAGAGACUCGAAUGAUUCGCAUUGAUGAGAUGCUUAAGCUCGCCUUACAUCCUUACUCCUCUACCUUGAUUCAGCUUCGCUUUUGCAUCGAUUGACCAAUCAGAGCGAUGCUUUCCCUUUGAUGUAUCGCUUACUCCUUCAAAAUCGUCGUCUAUGGCAGGGAAACCCGUAUGUCGGAGAUUUUUAGCAGACAAAAUGGGACACUGCUCGCUACUAAUCAAAAUUUCAAUCAUUUAUAAUUGAAAAUGCGUGGCUUGAUACAUUCAAAUCGAAUCUUAGAAAUAUUUCCAAUCAAAUAAUGAAAUAAUAAUAAUAAUUGAUACUAAAUAGACUGAGCUGUAAGUGUUUAAAACCUGACCACAUUUCUACGUGUGUUUUUCCUUGAGAUUCUGAUUUGCACCCCUAUAUAGAAAAUAAAGAUGUGUUCCACAAAAAAAAAACAUUAGUUUUUGAUAAAAAAUCGAAAACUAAACUAAGCUGAAAGUCAUUAUCAUCCAAGAAUUAUAUGAAUUUCAAUUUAAGAGGAGUAUCAGUAAUGGACAAGAGAAAGUUUUUUUUUAUUCGUAGCUGUCUGUGCUCUAGAACAGACGGAAAAAUUUUUCGCUUGUCAUUUUUCCGUUUUAAUUACAGACAAUAUAGCCCUUCUGAAAGCUGUAAAUGUGUACAGAAAUAGGCUUCACUUUGGGUGAAGCAAAUACUGCUUCGUACAAAUUUAAUUCAUUUCUCAAUUUUCGAAUCUUGCCACGUAAGAUUUGGUAUCUCAAAUUAUUUACCCUUUUUCGAAAUUCAUAACUUAUUAAAAUCUCAAACCAAUUUGAUUGAUUCUGCGAAGCCCAAAACAUGUCUAGAUCAGUACUUACGAAGCAUACUACGAAAUAUUGUGUGUGUGUGUGUGUAAAAAACUUUUGAGAAACUUUCAUUUGAAUUGGUAAUAGCACUUGACUUGAAUUUGUCAAUUAAAUUUGAUUACGUUCCGAACGAACUCUGCGGAUUUAUGAACUAGGUUUGCGUUUCCAAUCACAACUGGCGUUUUUACACAUAAUUUUAAAAACUGCUCGUCCUAAAUAGGAAAUGAAAUGAAAACGGAUAUUCAAUGCACUGGUGAAUUCGCAAUUUUCGUAUGAAUCGAACAGAUGAAAACUCUGUUUCGAAUUACAUUUCGCUCUGAUGAAAAAAAAACAAUUUCACUGAUCUAUUGGGGCCGUCCCCAACGGAAUAAAACGUUAACCGAGUCCUGUCACGCAAGUCCAUGUUCAUUUUAUUAUCCGCACUGCACGUGGGACACCGAAAUUCAUAAGAAACUCAAACAACGGGAUUGUUUUGUGUUUACCCGAAAGCUCUCACCGUUGUUAGCGCAGUUGGCCAUGAGGAACAAUCAUUUUUUUUUGUUUCCCUCGGUUAUUCAUAAACCCAUUCAUCUACGCCACCAUCAGGAUUGCCAUUCUAUCCGAACUGUCAAAUCACGUUCGGGUGCAGGUUGCCUAGACAGAGCAGAUGUUUAUUUUCAAUCUGCAAAAUUAUUGUUAAUCCCGGAAUAAUCUGGCAUAAAAUACAUGCCGGAGAGUAGAUUUCAGGUUCGAGUGACGAACGCGUUUCUCAAAUAUAGUAUGAGUAAAAAAAAUCCAUGCUUUCAGAAAUGGAGAGAGAGGGGUAAUUGAAAACGUCUGUCAGUUCCCUCUGACAAUCUGACACCACUGCGGGUAACCAUUUCAAUCAAUGCCCAAACUCGAUCGAACUAUCAUCCAAAAUGGUCGGAAACGAGUGCUCGCCUGUUCAAGCACUGCUCUGGAUUCCGUUGGUCCCUCCGGAAGAGUAAUUAAAGUUAACAUAUUGAAAUUAAAUCAAACAACUGGAAGGGAUUUUAUCUCUCUCGUACCAGACUGUAAUCAAAACAUGUGAAUUAUUGAACUGUUAAAAAAACACGAUCCAGCCUGUGACGCUCAGCUCUGGGUGGCACUGGACGAAAACCUGGACGCGAGGCGUCACGUAAAAGCAAAUGAGUGUGUAGCAGUGUAAACAACAAAACAACAAAGAACAAAAAAAAUCAGAACAUACAUAAUACUGUAAUCCAAGCGGAUGAUAUAAAUAACGUACUUAAAUGAGCCGAUGGUCGAAGCCCCAAUCGAUGUUCUCUUGCUUGCAUUCAAUGUAAAAAGCCUGUUCCUCUAAAUGUCAGCCGCUGAAGAUUGAACUGUGAAAAACUGUGUGUAGUUUUAGUUGUAAGGCUGAAAACCCGAAAUGGAAAUUUGCAUUGGGAAAUGGUAAUAAAUUUUUUUUCUCCAAAUUAUUGCACUUUUCAAUUUUAUAUGGUCAUACAAUUUGAUGUUUAGCAAAUAAAACGUGAACUUUGAGCUUCGGUAAACAAAUCAAAGAAUGAAAUCCAUACAUUGAAAUUUCUUAGAACUGUUUUUUAGGUCAAUUAAACAUCCACAAAAAAAAUGUUAGGAACUCUGUUUUUACACCAGCAGACUAGCAUCCGAUAAACAAACACGAAACAAAUAAAUAAAUAUAAUCGAAAGUAAAUAAUUUGCAUGUGACGAUGUGUCUUUGUAUAUGUGUCAUAACUUAAACGUGUUUUACACUAUAGUAAAUGGGCAAAUCGGACAACGACCGUUCAUUCAAUAAAUCCAAUUAACUCAUAAUUCGAUCGCAUCAACGGCGGAACUGCAAGCAAAACAAAAUUAAAUAAUAAUAAAACAACAAUUUCGAUUCCGAGGUUAUCCAAGUAUGUCGGUCGGAUGACGGCCAUCGCUCUUUUUUUCAUACUUCGCGAAGCCAUUACCGGCCUGCUUGGAUCGAAAACGCCUAAAACCACACACACAGAAUGCACAAAUCAGCGUGUAAUUGCUUAAUGUUACUCAAUAAUAUGAAAUAAAGUACAAGUCGUACGAGAUAACUCUUAAAAUAUGAAUUAAAACAGAAGCAAUGGUCAAAUUUGGCUGACAUAGGAAUACAGGGCUGUCGAAAAAAAGGAAAAAUGUCAAACAGUCAAAUUUGACCACGGCAUGCUUGCACGAGUCCUAAACCCAACCGUAACAAGUUCAAUAAAGUAGUACAAUUUAUUUUCCAAAAUAUGACCACAA